AUGCUCUACGCCAUGGAAUCACUGGUCCCGCACGUGGGCAACAUCGACAGGAUGCAGGAAGAAUGUGACGUCUUGGCCUUGACAUUGGCCCGUUACGACAAGGUGACGCUCAGUGAGUUCAAGUCCGUGAUGUUCGCGUCUUUGAGGUCCUUGCUUCCGUCUCGCUGGAACAUGGAGCACGAGAAUGCUUGGACUUGGUUCUGGGAGUGCGUUGAGAAGAAGGUGGAGGCAAAUCGUCAGUUUCCAUCUCAGUACCACCGUUGCUUGCGCAGCUUCUUAUCCCGGCUGGACGAAGAUACCCUGGCUGUUUUCAAGCUGGAAGUAUUUGAGACCUUCUUCGCGAAUAGCGAGCAGUCGCAGCUGUUUUUGCGUGCGGCAAACAAGCGUCUCCAAUACAUCAUGGGCCGGAUCCUUACUAUUAUGGCGGACAUUUACACCAAGACGCACGAUGCCGUCAUCGCUAUCUCAGCGCUGGGCCUCCUGCAUGCCGCUGGUCUUCAAAGAAACCCACUGGUUCUUAGCAGGGAAUAA